AUACAGCGAGUGGUGGUCAUGUUUAAUUUGUUUGUUUAGCUGUUGUAAAUAAAAUUCCUGGUGGUUUAAUGUUAAAAUGGAUCAAGUAUUAAACGAACUAAAGAAUAUUCACUUAGAUUGUCUUGAUGAUGAUUGGGUCCAGGGUAUUUACUAUUCAGAAUUUCUUGAAUUCGGUGAAAUUUCCACCGAGUAUGAAGCUGCUAUUGAUGCUCAAGACAAUAUUCGUUCAGUAAUCAAGAAAAUCAUGAAAUCCUUUGAUGAAUGGCUCAAUACUGAAGAUAGCGUCGAGGAAAAAUCUUGGGCUGCUUUGUCAACUCAUGUCCGACACCAAAAACUUUUAGCCAUCAUUGCAUAUUACAUUGAUCAAGGCAGUAAGAACGUUGUUUCUAAAGAAUAUAGAAACAAUGCUUUGCUUGCAUCGCGUUUGUAUUACAAAUUGUUAUCCGUUCCUGGGUAUAAGGCCUAUCAUAUUUAUCACUCCCAACUUUUUGCACAUUCCCUUGGUUGUCUUGGAUUUCCAAAAAUUAUGUGUGACAAUGAAGAAAAUUACUUCAAUACCAAAGAGUUGACUCGGGAAGUAAAUUCAGUGAUAAGAGAGCUAAGAAACUUUGUCAUUGAUCUAAGAGCUAUAAUAGAGACGCUUCAGCUCAACUCAAAUGAUAUGAAUUUUGAAGACAUCCUGAGUAAUUUAGUAGAUAUUACUGGAGGUGCUAUUGUUAAUAAGUUGAAUAUUGAUAAAAUUGAACUUGCUAAUUUAUCAAGAGUUAUCUAUGAAAUGAUUGAUAUAUUAAUAUGCGAGGUUAAUGAAGAGCCAAACAAAGAAGCUAUAAAACUACUUUUCAAGUGCAUUCUUCCAAAACUGGUUGCAGCAUCUGUUGAUACCAGAAAUGCUAAUAAUCUUGUAAGAGCGUCGUAUGUUACGUAUUCUGGACUGCUUCUGAGUAAAUAUGGUAAAGCAGCAUUGCCUGGUUACAAUGUACUUUUGCAACAUCUCUGUUACACAUUAGAUGGUUUGGAACGCGCAGAAGUUCGCGCCGCUCGAGUCUCGUUGGUUGUUGGCCUGAUGAGUCUACUGCCACGUAAAUCUUACCGAAAUAUUGUGAAAUGGUUGCUCAAGCUGUCAACAACAUCAAAAAUCUCACAUCGUCAGAUUGCAAUGGAAAUGUUAUCCAACUUACUUAGCAAUGAACCUGAAGAAGUAAAACCUCAAGAGUCCAUACCUGAAAAGCCAGUGGAAAAUGCAGAAUCAUCUGAAGCACAACCAAGUGAACAGCCUGAAAAUACUGCAUCAGAUUCAGGAAUUGGAGACUCUACAGCUAGCACAAGUAUGGAAGUGGAGGGACAAACUAGCAGUGCAAUGAUGACUGAAGAUGAAAGCAGUCAAGAUAGUCAAGAGACUAUAAUUCCACCAAAUAAUGAGGACCAAGAAAUAACGGAGGAAGACGUGGCCGGCUUGCUCAGGCAGCGGCCGCACACGGUCCCGUACGCCGACAUCCUGCGCGCCGUGCACGAGCGCGUCAACGACGUGUCCAGCACGCUGCGCACGCGCGCGCUGCAAGUGCUCGCCGACUGCGUGGCCAGCCCGCGCGCGCCCAUGAAGCACGCCAUACGGGAUCUGAACGGUGACGGCGAAGUGUCCCGCCUAAUGGCGGUGUGCGCUCGCUGCGUGUGUGACGAGCGAGCGGCCGUGCGUCGGGCGUCAGUAGGCCUGCUGCACCGGUUGUUGACCGGCAUCGAGCCAGACGGAGAACCUACUAAACCCUCCGCUAAUGACGUGGGCAUCCUGGUAGGGUUGUGCCGGGACGCGAGUAUCUUAGUUCGCUCGUCAGCCAUCUCUGCUUUAGGCGAGCUCGUGUUGCAUACGCCCUGUGACGCGGUCUUUGACGCUUUCCUCUUGGGGCCGAUGCACCAACUCUCGGAUCCUGAAAAUAAGGUUCAGGAACAAGUAGUAACACUAGUACAGCAGAUAUUAAUAGAUCGCCUCAGGAAAUAUGACGUAAAUGUUGUCGAAGACCAGCUGCCAUGGAAGUUCUUGGCGGCUGUUACCCGGCACAACAUGAGGAGGCAUCUACAGAAAGCCUGCACACUGUUGAAUAAAUCCUCCAAAUGUAUAAGCCACCGGCUCAUAGACAUUGUGAGCACGCACCUGCGCGUGGGCAGCGACGCGCGCGACCUGCAGUGCCUGGUGCUGCUCACGAGCGCCGCGCGCCACGUCGACUACACCGAGCUCGGCUUCCUGCUCGACUACUACUACACGCUGGCCCGCGGCGACGCGGAGCACGACCCGCGCCUGAUGCCGCUGACGCUGGAGCUGCUGAGCACGUGGGCGCGCUGCCUGGGCGACGCCGCGCGCACGGCGCUGCGCGACCACCUCGUCAAGCGCCUCGCGGCCGCCGGGGACGACGGUUGCAGAAUCGCAUGUGCUGCUCUUGCGGCACAUCUCGACCCUUCUAACUUACUGUGGGCAACUGAACUAAUGCAACUGUCGGAGCGGCGCGCGCUGAACGGCGGCGAGCUGGAGGAGUGGGUGCGCGCCGCCGACCUGUCGCUGGUGGCGCCCGCGCCGCCCUCCGCCGCGCUGCUGCGGCUCUUCCUCGCCGCCGUGCCCGACCCGCCGCCUGAGUGGUGCGAGGAGCGUCGUGGCACCAGCGUGGCAGGACUAGGCCGGUUAUGCGUCCGCUCGCGCGCGGCGGCGGCGGACGCGGCCGGGCCGCUGGCCGCGCUGCUGCAGGAGCCAACGGCGCCACUGCCCGCGCGCAUCAAUGCGCUGCUGGCCCUCACCGACAUUUGCACCAGGUACACGUGCAUCGUGGAGCCGCUGCUGGGCUCGGUCUGCGGCUGCCUGGCGCCUGAGGCGGCGGCCCCGCUGCGGCGGGCCACGGCGCGCGCGCUCACGAGGCUACUCCUGGCCGGCUACCUGCGUCUGCGCACGCCGCUGUAUUACCGAUACUGCGCGUUACUAGCAGACGAAGACCACGACGUGCGAGAACCAGCCGAGUACUACGUCACCUGCUGCCUCACCACCGACACCAUAUACCAUCACUUCGUGGACUGCGUCAUAUACUACAACAAAGAGGACAGCGAGAGCAUAUCAUUCGACGCGCGCCAACUCAUCUACGACGUGAUGCUGCAGCGGUUGUCGCUAGUGCAGAAACUGAACGUCCAGUGCCGACUGGCGCGCGAAGUGCUGGGCCACGCGGCCGACGAGUGCGACGAGGGCGACGAGGAGCUCUCGCCCGCGCUCAAUGCUGCCCUGUUGGAUACUAUCACGCUACUCUGCGGGCCUAGGAUGAAGCUGCCGAAAAAACCUGAAAAAAAUAGCGGUGAUGCAGAUAUCGACGAUCUCCAAGAACGUGUAACUACAAACAUAGUGUCCCAUAAAAUGAAGCGCACCGUAGCGGAAGUACUGGUGCCGGCCGUGCUGCGGCUAUACGGACGGCUGCGCGCGCGCGGCGGGCAAGUGGCUGCAUAUCUCGUGCGCAUCGCCACCGACCUGCUCAACGACUACCGGCACGAGAUCGAGGAGCUGAUCGAGAACGACGAGGAGCUAGUGGAGCGCGUGCGACAGUUCCAGGAGACGAUCGGGCAGGCGCCGUCGUUCGGCAACGCUCGCAACCUCGUGACGGCGUCCGCGCCGCCGGAGCCCGAGACGCCGCGCGCGCCGCGCCGCCGGUACCGCGGGGCCGCCGCGCGCGAACCGCCGCGCAAGCGCGCGCUCAACAUAUAGGACGAGGCCGUGUCUGCGCCGCCCGGGCCAGACACGACUGGGGAAUAGAUUGCAAGACACUUUGUGAGGCAAAACAGCACUAUAUGUCUAGCUCUUAUCUCAGUGCCUGAGGUAUGAGAGCAGCAAUUUGUAUUGCACAAUUACUAAUAGUCCCGUUAGCCCCUUGUGGUAAGAUAAAUAAGCUUGUGUUACGAGUGGGUUCACACCACAAUAUCGUGUUUCUGUAACGUCAAAAGUCAGUGAGACUUCAGAUUUAUAUGCUCUGGCACGUCAUAAUUACGUCAAUGUUACCCCUCCCCUCAGGACUGAUCUAGCGCUAGACCUAUAGUUGCUAAUAUACUUUGAACCUAUUGCCUUAUGCAUAGCAUUAAAGUUAGCUACUUUUUUGAGUUUUUGACAAAAUAUAAAAUUUAUGAAUGGCCUUGAAUGUAAAAAAAAAUCUUGACGGAAAUAAAUAUUUU